AUGACGACUCUGUUGUAUGGGUUUACCGGUAAUGAGGUCCAGCCGAUCGGUCAGAUAAAACUGGCCAUAUCCCUCGGAGAAGAGUCGCUCCAGAGAACAAGGAUGACUACCUUCAUCGUUGUAGACGCUCCAUUCGCUUACAACGUCAUAUUGGGCCGACCAGCCCUUAAUGAGUUCCGAGCAGUCGUCUCAAUGUUUUGCCAGAAAAUUAAAUUCCAGGUUGAAGAUCGGGUCAGAGAAGUCAAAGGGGAUCAACUGGCUGCUCGGCACUACUACGUUGAGAUGGUAAAGGCGGAGGCUAAGUCCGCCCAAAAAGCCCCUCGGAUCGAGGUAAACACCAUAAUCGAGAAAACUCCUACCUUAGUUUAUGAAGAAAAGGAGAAGGUGUAG